AUUCAUCACAAUUGUCACCAACCUGCCUGACUUCGAAUCUAUGUGCUUCGUGAAGGAAGUUCCAAAUAAGAAAUGUUUUUCUGCUGAAAUGUGUCGUGUGACUUUACGCCUGCAAUAGGACACCUUUACAGGCUAACACUGUUUUUCUGUCGUCAGAGCUAAUCUGGCAGACAAAUUACUAGGGAACCUUGUAAUUCCUCGGCAUUCGAGGUGACGAACCAGCAUGCCCCGAAUGCGCCGCGGGGUCGCUAGUAAAGUAGCAGAAUGCUGCUUGUGUACUGUGCGGAGUCCGGAAUCAUGUGGCAGGAAAACUUUGGAAACAGAACUGAAGAGUGGUGAUUCUGCUCGGGAGUUUUUGCUGGAGCAUAAACUCGUCGGGCUGUGGGUCCUAGAGACAAAAGCAGUGGACAUAUGCGAUAAAUGUUUUGCUCUAGUCGAAUCGUGUGAUGACCUCAUGGCACAGUUCAGAAAUAAACUGCAAUUGUGUCGGGAUAUCAAAUCAAAGCGAAUCAAGCACGGUGCUGCUCCUGGGACUUUUGCGGAAACGGACGAUUCUGAAAAGGUAUAUGGAAGAGGUAUUCGUGGACGCAGAAGAACAACUGGCCUCGCAUCCGCUUCUGUAACUGUGCCGAAAAAAGCGAGACACAGGAGCCCAAGUUUGGAACUCGGAGAAGACGCCUCAUCCAAAGAAUGCUCCAUCGUUUCUCAAGACCUAAUCGAAGAUAACAUGUGCAUAAAAGUGGAAUUUGUGAAUGGAGAGGAAAUCGAUCUUUCGCCAUCUAAUCCCGAAGAAGAAACCGUGCAGUACAUUGAUGUGAUUCAGCCGUCUGAUGAAGAAUUCGAACCUAGUUUCAACUACGAAGAGUUUGAAGUGGAAUACGAAAGCGCGGAAGAAGGAACAUCGGAAGAAGCUGCUGAAUCGAAGAAAGACUAUCGUGAAUGGUCAUCCGAAGAUCCAGCUUGCAGCGACCCUAGGCCGUUUCAAGUUAUUCGAAGCAAAGGUGCCUCGAAGUAUUAUAUCGAUGGCUUCAUAUUCAAUUAUGUGCGUGCAACGAAAUCAGACAAAGACAUAAUUUUUGUGCGAUGCAACCAUUAUCGCGUCGCUGGCGUGGAAUGUCCUGUGAUAGGGGCCAUCAACAUGUCCGAAAAGAGAUUCUACUAUGAUCCCGUCACGCGGAAAACCAAUCAUAAUCAUCUGCACGCCGCAAUCCAGGCUGAUGCUGAAUACAUCUCAUAUGCUUCGAUCGUUGAGCGUGAACCAGAAUUCCAACGGUGCAUACUUGCCAACGGGAAAAAGGGUUUCGCCUGCGACUUGUGCUCCUACUCGGCAAGAACACAAACCUGUCUGGUCUCCCACAUGAAAGCCAUGCACAGAAUACCGGACCAAGACGAGUGUUUCGAAUGUGGCCGAUGCCUUGAAUCCCACGAAGAAUAUCUCAAGCACAUGGACAGACAUCGUGCCGAUUAUCGCGAAAAAGUCACUUGCAUAUCCUGCAGGGCACCGAUGCAAAAGAAGUCCCUGGCAUUCCACGUGCGAGCGUACCAUAAAGGUCAAAUUUUGUUUAACGACGAACAACGGAAAGAAGCCGGACUGGACAUGAUGAAGUGCGCGAUUUGUAAAUUCAAGGUGGAUGGAAAAAGUUUGUUUCAUUUGCACGCUCUGCAAGCCCACUACGGAGAAAAGGCGUAUGGGUGUGAGUUUUGCGAGAAGACUUUUCCAUCGUAUCGAAGUUUGAGGGAUCAUUUGAAUGUCGCCCACACAAAGACAGCGGAGUUUGAGUGCAAGGAUUGUGAUGCGAAGUUCCUGACUAGAGUCCAAUACCAGAGACACCGUGAACUUCACCAACCUUUGCAGGGCAGGAAAUUGUGUUCAGAUUGUGGUAUCACAUUGCCGUCUGCUGGAUACAGGGAUCAUUUGGUUCUGGUGCACAACCAUCCGGCCAAACGUGAAUGCAAAUAUUGUGGACAGAAAUUGGCGACCUACAACAUGUUACGCUCUCAUAUGAUUCUCGAGCACGGUGUGGAAUUCCCUAAACAAAAGCGGAAAAUCCGAGUUUGCGAAGACUGCGGACGCUCGUACACUUCAGCCACUGCUUAUACAUCGCAUCGGAUAAAACACCACGGGGAUCUUCCUGUUGACGAAGACUUUCCCACGUGCACCUACUGCGGAUCCGAAUUCCUCACCAAAAUCAUCUUGCGGGAACACUACAAAAACUCUCACGGGUGGUAUUUUGUGGAGCAAGUGGAAAAGGGGAUUCAGUGCAAGUACUGCGGCGUGUAUUCGAGGGAUAAGUACUUGUUCCAGAAUCAUUUGAAGCUCGCGCACCAGUUGGACUGUACGAUCAAGACGAUACGUGCCCACAUGAGAGUGCCCGAGGGUGCCAAAAAGCCCCUGGUACCCAAAGUGAAAACUGAGACCGAAGAGAUGGACCCCGACCUAAUUGUCCAAACUGUAUAAUAUUUCCUGUUUACGCGAGUACGAGGCGCACUUUUUUAUAAUCCAUAUUUGUUUCCAAUCAAAAUAAUGCUGGAUAAUGCUGUUUUAUGGUCCAAACAUGGGCAGCUGUUCAAGUGAUCCACAUUCUUGCUCAUUCAACGUCUUUCUGUUACGGUGGAUAGAUUUUGAAAGCCAGAUUAAGCUGAAUUCAGAAAGCCGACAAUUUAAAUUGCUGGUGGAUUGUUGCUUCUUUUUAAUAGAAUGAACAAGGGUAAGUUUGGCGGAUUGAGCGAAGAUUCUAAAAUUGAUUGUAUGGUCGAUUUCGCUUCAGGCAUAAUUUAAGUUGGUCUUGAUUUCAAUAUUGUGUUCGAGGAUACAUUGUCAAAUGAAAAUUUGUGUAUUUUUCUUUGCUUGACUUCUUGCGCGGGAGUUUCUAGCAUGCUUCGAUGCAACAUUUGAUGUUAAUUUUAGAUUCUCGAGCAAAUCGGCUUAAGGAUAUGAAGAAGAGAUAAGUUGCGUCUUAUAUUCGCGUAAUUAAGGCAAAGGGUUGGAAUAUUUUGUGAGCAGUAUCAGUGGCUGCUCAGAAUUUUUUUACGCCAUGCCCUUCCUUUUUUCUGUGUGCGGUUUUUUUUUUGUUCUGUUUAUUUUGGAGCUGUUCAGAGAGCGAGAAAGAUGAAAUUUGGGCGCAUGUUGUGCCGACUCUUGAUUCACAUUUUUGUUUUCGCCGCGUCUUGUGUUUUCUGAUACAACGUUUUUGUCGAAUUGUACCGGGAAAAAAUUUCCUGUGCUCGUUUAAUAAA